AUGGAAGCCAUCAAAGCACAACGAAACCAAAAGAAAGGCUUCACCAUUUUGGGACAGGACAUGGAUGUUAUUCUUGCUGUCUUUGGCAACAUCGUAUCGUGGAUGGUCCGUCAAUUCGUCCCUUCCUUAUUGCCUCGACUCUUGCCAGCGAUUGACGAAGAAGACACGUCUGACACUCCGUCUCGUGAUCAAACAAAAUGCAUUGCCAUUGGCCGACCUGGCGGUUCCGAACAAUUGCGGGUCAUUACAUUGAAACCAGGAUAUGCCACUGCUGGAUACAAUAUUGGAAGCCCGACCUUAUUUGUGGAUGUUUCAUCAUCAUUGCCCAAGGAUACCGUGGUGGUCAAAGUGGCAGCCUUUUCGGUCAAUUUUGCAGAUUGUUGCAUACGGUGGGGUUUGUACGAAAGUGCCAACAAGUUUGUCGGAUGGCCCAUCGUUCCUGGCUUUGACAUUGCCGGUACCAUCGAACAAGUCUCGGAGGAUUAUUCGGGCGAUUUCAAAGUGGGCGACAAGGUAUACGGUGCCACCUUCUUUGGUAGCUAUUCCACACGGGUCUUGGUUCCUACGAAACAACUCCGCAAGUUGCCAUCCAAUCUCACCAUGGCGCAAGCCGCAGCCGUACCAGCCGUCUCUCUCACCGCACUGUACAGUUUGCACUUGGGUGGACAAUUCCCACCAGGAGUAGCGAUGACUCCCAAGAAUAAUAAUAAUAAUAAUAAUGGAGUGGACCACAAACGAAAACAAUCCAUUUUGAUUCAUAGUGCUGCCGGUGGGGUUGGCAGCAUGCUGGUCCAAAUGUCCAAGUUGUUGGGAAUGAGUCAGGUGGUGGGAGUCGUGGGAAGCACGUCCAAAGUGCAAACCGCCAGGGAACUCAAUUGCGAUGUCAUUAUUGACAAAUCCAAACAAAAUUUGUGGGAGGCAGCCAAAGAAGCUUCUCCCGAUGGAUACCAUGUGAUUGCGGAUGCCAAUGGUGUCUCUACCUUGCAGGCAUCCUUUGAUCAUCUGGCCGCCACUGGUCGAUUGAUCGUCUUUGGGUUUCACAGCAAUCUUCCAAUGGGAAGUGAUAUGUUACAUCCAUGGGCCUGGUGGAAUAUGAUUGUCAAAAUGAUAUACAUGCCCAAGUUUGAUACGAUGGAUUUGGUGACUCGUAAUCGAUCCAUUUUGGGGUUCAAUCUGAGUUUCUUUGUGGACGAAAUCGGAUUGUUGGUGCAGUUCUAUGAACAAAUUAGUGAUUGGCUGCAAAAAGGAUUGCUGAAAGUACCACAUGUAGUGGAGAUGAAUAUGAAGGAUAUUUCCAAGGCACACGAGUUGAUACAGAGUGGCAAAAGCGUUGGGAAGAUUGUCAUGAUGACUGAGGAGGACGAUGGUGGAAAGACUGCUACUACUACAAGUGAGACGUAUGGAUCAAAGAAGGCUCAAUAG